UCACUUACAGCACAAAUACUUUAACAUCACAGUGAGUUUAAAAACAAACUUGGAAUAAAGCAAAAGUCAGAAGUUAUUUUUGCAUAAAGGUUGCAAAAUAUAUCUUUCUCAGUAUCAGUAUCUCCAUUACUCAGUGUCGAAGUCAUGGUUCAUGGGAAGAAGUUGGCCAGGGAGACACUGCUGCCUUCUGUGCUGGAAGACGAUGACGCAGAAACAGAAAGUGAGAGGCUGCAGCUGGGGGAGCGAAGAGUGAGCCAGACAGAGGUCGACGUGCGUGGGCCAAAGGACCAACGCUCAAGCCCUGACGGAAACAUGGUAGACGGAGGUGAAAGAGAGGGUAAAGAGGAAGAGAAGGAGGAGGAGGAGGAAAAAGAAGAGGAGGAGCUGGGAGGAGAGGAGUGUGUGGUCUCUGAUGAGGACUACGACACAGAUUUGGAGCUUGAUAAGGAGGAGGCAUAUGACCCGACGGGGCAGACGUGCUACAUGGAGGCGUGUGAAACAUUACAGGUGGUACCAGCCUCUUACUUCCUGCGGCAAAUGCAAAGUAGCGAGCUGUCCUUGAUGCAUCGUGGUCUGGGACCUCAGGGCACCAAAGCACUGGUGGUUCCCCUGGUAACCAACACUUCAAUACUGAGGCUGAACCUGCAAGAUAAUUGGAUGGAAGGAAUGGGCGGAGCUGCUGUAGCUGAGAUGUUAAAGGAAAAUUGUUACAUUACAGGGCAAAACCUGGGAGACUCUCUGUCAGAGAACACAGGGUUGAGAUCAGUAAGUCUGGCCUGGAACUGCAUUCGAGGAAGAGGAGCUGUGAUGCUGGCCAAUGGCCUCGGGGGAAACAUUUUCCUUAGAACUGUGGAUCUGUCAUUUAAUGGCUUUGGUAAAGAAGGAGCCAUUGCUUUAGGGCAGGCUCUGAAAGAGAACACCAUUUUGGAGGAGUUGAACGUGAGUAACAACAGAAUACCCCCUGAAGGAGCUAUUCGCCUAGCCAUGGGCCUCAAAGCAAACAAGACAAUCAAAUCCCUGAAUAUGGGGAGGAACCCCAUCCAGAAUGCUGGUUGCUAUGGGAUCCUCAAGUCGGUACAGGAAAACCCAAAUUCAGCCAUGGAGGCAUUAGACUUUUCGGACAUCACAGUGAACCAGGAUUUUGAAGACUUGUACGUGGCAGUGAAAGAAAUUUUCCCUGUGCUUACAGUGAAUCACGGGGGCAGAAUUGGCACAUUCAGAAAAGCAAAAGCUUGAAAAGUGUUUUUGUGUAACUUGUGUUAAAAAAGUGUAAUUGCUGUACUUUUAUGCCAGAAAAGAUGGAAGGAGUCUUGUCAAAGCCCUGUGGAUGUUUUCAUCGACAGAUGAACACAAGGAUGGAUGCAUGAAAGGAUAUUAUCCUAAAAAGAUUAUUUUAAAAAAAGAGCCAUGAUAGAAUAUUUAUUUGAAUUAAAUGUAUUUAGAUCAAAUAAAGCUUGUUAAAUACCCAAUCAAUUGAAAAUAAAUAUGAUUCUGGGGGGGAAAAAGUUCAUUUUUCAAAGGAAACAAUACAUACACUGCAUGUGUGCGCCCCCGAAAUAUAAUGUUCUUGUUGAAUGUUAUAAAGUCAUUGAACACAGGCAUACAAUACAGGUAUUGAGUCUGAUUCUUUGUAGGUAUGAUCUGA